GCCGCUCAGUCCGCCCGUCGUCUGCCGCCAGCCACCAAGCACUCACCAGGCACGCAGAUUUGCAAAAAUGGCGCAAGUGGUGCGAGUGGUUGUGGAUGGGUACUAUGACCUAAUGGAGAACAAGAGCGACCCUCGUGUCAAGGAUUGGUUUCUUAUGUCUAGCCCUUUUCCUACGCUCUUCAUUUGUUUAGCUUAUGCGUAUUUGGUAAAGAGGCUAGGACCGAGACUCAUGGAGAAUCGAAAACCUUUCGAGCUCAGAGGAGUUCUCAUAAUCUAUAACCUAUUCCAAGUCAUAUUCAGCGCCUGGCUUUUUAAGGAGGCACUAGAAGGCGGGUGGCUCAGAGAUUACAGCUUCAGAUGCCAACCAGUCGACUACUCCAACUCACCGAAGGCCCUCAGGGUAGCUCGUGGAUGUUGGUGGUACUACUUCUCCAAGUUCACAGAAUUCUUUGACACUAUCUUCUUCGUGCUGAGGAAGAAGAACGAGCAGAUUUCGACGCUGCACGUGGUACAUCACGGUGUGAUGCCCAUGAGUGUCUGGUUCGGUGUCAAAUUCACCCCUGGUGGCCACAGCACAUUUUUCGGGCUCCUCAACACGUUUGUGCAUAUCGUCAUGUACACGUACUACCUGCUGGCUGCCUUAGGACCGCGAUUCCAGCGUUACCUCUGGUGGAAGAAAUACCUCACCGUCCUACAGAUGGUGCAGUUCGUGUUGGUCAUGGUACAUGCCUUCCAGCUGCUCUUCAUCGAUUGCGACUAUCCACGCGCCUUCGUCUGGUGGAUCGGAAUGCACGCAGUGAUGUUCUACUUCCUGUUUUCCGACUUCUACAAGCAGGCCUACAAGAGGAAACCACUGAAGAAGGUGGUGGAGUCGAACCAUACAAAACCCGUGUGCAACGGCAACAGCAACAGUUCCAGCAACAACAGCAACAGUUUCUACGAACAGCCCAAGGCGGCGGUGCAGGCGGGCUAUACCACCAGCGAGCUUCGAAACAGGGCCUUCAUCGACCAGAGCUAACGCGCCUACGCCACCGAAUCUCCCAUCGCCUCAGGCUGCACACCGUCGGCUAAGAAAUGCGGACUUGUUUGCGCGUGUGUGGCUGUCUGAGCGCCGUGGAUGCGUGUGAAGACUGCCCAGCUCUGAGAGACAGGCGCUCACAUUGAGCCUCCGUAUACGUGGGACAACUCACAAACAAAUGACGUCUGCUUCUCUGUGACUCCGCAGCAGGACAGUUCUUCUCACUCUCAUACUGGCGACGAAGUAGCCGCUCACAACUUUUUCUGUCAUGUUCAAGUGACAACAAUUAUUUGCUGAGAAGCUGCAUGCAACUUUAUCGCUCGCUCUUUCACAGUGCAUCCGAUGCGCGUGUGGCAUUCAGACUGAACUAAAGAGUGGUAACUGAAGUAAUCAGAAAUGCUAUGUAGCCUCACCACUCGUGUAGGGCAACUCCGUUUGUUGGGCUGUGCUGGCAGAAUAGAUGAGAAGUGUUACACCUGAUUACAAUGUGUAAUUGGGUUCGAUGGAGUGGAAAUGGACAUUGCUUGUCGAGUACUGCUACAGAUGCGGCCAGCAGGCCGCGUUUUGUGACUUAUCGCUGGUCGGAAUACUUGCCACAAUAUAUAAAGGGAUUUCGUUAGAUCGACAUCGCGGGUGAAAUGUUCGUACAGUUGUUUUACAACGUGACGAUCACCGCCAUCCCAGUGAUUUAAAAAUCGUAAUGUCGUAAUCGUAGCUAUUUCUUCCAUAGGUUUCCUCAUGAAAACAACUUAUAUACUCUUAAGGAAAGCCCCUCGUGUUUCUAGUACAAAGUUACCUUCUGUCAACAUACACUUGCCGAGAAUUUAAAGCCGUUUAAUCCCAUCAAUAUACCAAGUGCAAAAUAUUUGUAAUUCCUUGAAGUCAGCCCUGAACUUGCUUCGGAAUAAUUGUAUGUACACGUUGAAUGUUGUGCUAAUGAGUGACAUUAUUCACUGUUUGUAAUCGCUUAAGAGCACUGUAACGGAAUUCGAUACUCAGCUGCUGUUUAGACUGCGACACAACUCGUCACUGAACAGAUCACCACAAAGGCGCUACGACAGCACAUUGUGUGUGUGUCUUCUUAGACCCCUAGAAGGAAGGAAAUCUUUCCUGCAAAUCUGUGUUGCUUAAAUGAGCUGUAACUAAACUACUGUGAUGUUAUUUUUAAAAACAUGUAGAAAGUAUAUUUACGAAAAUUACCUCAAAAUGAAGGUAUUUUUAACAGUUGUGUAGCUUCUUCUCUCAUGGCUAUAUAUUAUCUGAGCGUAACAACUAGAAACUAGGAGCACAGGGGAUGUUUGCUCUGCACGAUUUACACCUCAGAGUGUGUGUGUAUUUUUGUUAAACGUUUUCAAUUGGAUAAGUCAACAUCAUGAGUACACAUAUCAAUAUUUUAACUCAAAUAUGUGUGUAUAAUUAACGCAUUUAGUCCCUACAGUUUUUAUGUUUCAAGUAAUUAUUUGCGUCGAUUGACAGGAAUUCAUUCGAAAUAAAUUUUAGAAAACUUUUCUAAAAAUUUGGACUUAAAGGAUAUGAACUGUUAUCGCUCGUUUGGGAUUAUCACUUUUAUACUGCACAUGU